AUAUACAAAAGCAGGUUAAAUCGUGGGAGGCGCUUUUCUCAUUGGUUCUCACAAUAUUUCAUUUACGAUAUAAAAAGGCAUCAAUUUGGUAAGCUGUAUACUGCAACUGGAAAUAAAGAAAACUAGUGAUAAUGAAGGCUGUAGUAAUAUUUAGCUGUCUGUUUAUGACAGUCUGUGGAAUGGGUAUUCAAAAGAGAAAUGCAGAUCUUGGAGAAAUGAAUGGUGACAACGAUGAUUUCGCCAUUGAUUCCCUAAUGAAUUAUCUCAGGAAAAGGUGGAGUAUAGGAAGUGGCAACAAAGGAAAUGGUAAUGAAGCAAAUAACAACAACAACAUCGGUAAUUCAUAUGAAGAAUAUAAUAAAAAUACACAUGUAGCGGGGAUAGGAAAUAUUGGUGACUUCGGAAAGAAACGUGACUGGUCAAAUGAAGAUAAAAGAUGGGAUAUAGGCAGUGGCAACAAAGGAAAUGGUAAUCAAGCAAACGAUAACAGCAACAUUGGUAAUUCGUAUGAAGAAAAUAAUAAAGAUACAAAUGUAGGAGGGAUAGGAAAUAUUGGAGACUUUGGAAGGAAGCGUGACUGGAGUAUAGGAAGUGGCAACAAAGGAAAUGGUAAUCAAGCAAACAACAACAAAAACAUCGGCAAUUCGCAAGUAGAAAAUAAUAAACAUACACAUGUAGCGGGUUUCGGAAAUAUUGGUGACUUUGGAAAGAAACGUGACUGGUCAAAUGAAGAUAAAAGAUGGGAUAUAGGCAGUGGCAACAAAGGAAAUGGUAAUCAAGCAAACGACAACAGCAACAUUGGUAAUUCGUAUGAAGAAAAUAAUAAAGAUACAAAUGUAGGAGGGAAAGGAAAUAUUGGAGACUUUGGAAGGAAACGUGACUGGAGUAUAGGAAGUGGCAACAAAGGAAAUGGUAAUCAAGCAAACAACAACAACGACAUUGGUAAUUCGCAUGUAGAAAAUAAUAAACAUACACAUGUAGCGGGUUUCGGAAAUAUCGGAGACUUUGGAAGGAAACGUGACUGGUCAUAUGAAGACAAAAGAUGGAGUAUAGGAAGUGGGAACAAAGGAAAUGGUAAUCAAGCAAACAACAACAACGACAUCGGUAAUUCAUAUGAAGAAAAUAAUAAAAAUACACAUGUAGCGGGGAUAGGAAAUAUUGGUGACUUUGGAAAGAAACGUGACUGGAAUAUUGGAAGUGGCAAUACAGGCAAUCAUAAUUCUGCAAGUGGCAAUAGUAACAUCGGCAAUAGCGAGAAGUAUUAUGACAAAAAUACAAAUGUAUUUGGGGCUGGAAAUAUCGGAGACUUUGGAAGGAAACGUGACUGGUCAAAUGAAGGUAAACGAUGGAGUAUAGGAAGUGGCAACAAAGGAAAUGGUAAUACUGCAAACGACAACAGUAACAUUGGUAAUUCGUAUGAAGAAAAUAAUAAAGAUACAAAUGUAAUAGGAGCUGGAAAUUUCGGAAACUUUGAUGGGAAAUGAUAAAUAAGGUAAAGAAAAGAAGUAAGGACAUUUACCACCAGUCUUCUUUUCAUUGUGCGUGCGAUGCAAAUGUAUCAUAUGUUACUGAACAAUUAACUUGUUUUUCAUUUACAUUUUUGCAUUAGUUGUUUGCAAGUAGAAUAUGAUUAAUAAUUUAAAUAUACAACAACUUCACCAUAUGUAGAUAUUUUACAAAAAUAUAUUUAGAUAUAUGUUUUAUAUUAAUAAGUAUAUUUUCAGCAAAUAACUAAGUGUUAGUUUUUCCUUAAUCGAUUUGUCUUCAUAAAGAAUACUACUUAUUUCAAUGUAUUUAAGGUAUUAGAUUGUGUCCAGUUUUUAUUCAAACAAUAGUAACUUCCCCACUCAAUAAGGUCUUGAGCCUGAAGUCCGAAAUUAAAUUGAGAUGUCAGAUAUGACUAUGAAACAUUUUCAUAAAAGGCAAUCCAUGAAAAGGGCAGCUGUAAUCCAUUUUUAAAGUAAAUUGAUCUAUUUUCAUCUGUAAAAAAGUUUCAUUAUUAAGAUAAAUCAUUGAUAUAAGUUAAUUCUAUGGAUACUUGGGUUUAUUUCAUUCCACACAUCAAUCCUGUGAGUGAAAUUAUCAAUUGUGUGUGCAUAUGCAUUUUCAUCGUUAGCAAUGAUUAAUUGCUCGAUAAAAAAUAAAUACAUACUUGUUAAUUUUGAAAUCAAAAGUUUUCCAUGAAGUUAAAGACAAAAAUGUUCUCCGUUGUGCAUUUAUUCAAAAAUAGAUAUUGCACAUCCAAAGCCAAUAUUAUUUUUAUUUGUUCCUUUCCUUAAAAUGUUAACUAAAUUUUGGAAUGAUAAGAUGAAUUUAUUGUUUUUUAUUUGAUGUUUUGAAACUACAGGUAAAAUGUUGAAAAUUAAAGGAGUAUUGGAACAUCACGUUUUAUAAUAUUUUCAUUGGACUACAAAAAGAGUAAGAAUAUAUCAAAGGACCAAACACAAACCUUAGAAAAGAAACAUUUAAUAUGACAUUUGAAUAAGAGUCAAGUGAACUAAUCUGAGAAAGAUAGACUAAUACAUUACACUAUCUUUAUAAUUUUUUUUGUAUUAUAUAUACCACUACAUCAUCAUACUAGUUUUUGUUACACUUUUAGAUAUAUAUAUAUAUAUGUUAUAUUUCAAUACUGCUAAAUACUCGCUUUUUUGUAACAAAUUUUUAUUUGAAAUAGUUUAUAGUGUUUAAUAAAGGUUUUAAUUGCACAAAUACAAUU